AGGACGCGUUGCGCGGCCCGGGCCGGAAGUCAGCUAGUUCCCGGGUGUGUGUCUGUGUCUGUCUGUGUCUGUCUGUGUCUCGCAGCCACGCGCGGCCCCAGGCUGGUGCUGGGGGUUCCGGUCUGAGGCGUCACCGCUGUCACUGCCAUCACCCCACGGAGCCACUUGUCGAGGGGAGUAGGCCCGGCCCUACGCCGGGCAGAGAAGAUGUUGCCCCUGUCCAUCAAGGAUGAUGAAUACAAACCACCCAAGUUCAAUCUGUUCGGCAAGAUCUCGGGCUGGUUUAGGUCUAUCCUGUCGGACAAGACGUCCCGGAACCUGUUUUUCUUCCUGUGCCUGAACCUCUCUUUCGCUUUUGUGGAACUACUCUAUGGCAUCUGGAGCAACUGCUUAGGUUUGAUCUCCGACUCUUUUCACAUGUUUUUCGAUAGCACUGCCAUUUUGGCUGGAUUGGCAGCUUCUGUUAUUUCAAAAUGGAGAGAUAAUGAUGCUUUCUCCUAUGGGUAUGUUAGAGCGGAAGUUCUGGCUGGCUUUGUCAAUGGCCUAUUUUUGAUCUUCACUGCUUUUUUUAUUUUCUCAGAAGGAGUUGAGAGAGCAUUAGCUCCUCCAGAUGUACACCAUGAGAGACUGCUACUUGUUUCAAUUCUUGGGUUUGUGGUAAACCUAAUAGGAAUAUUUGUUUUCAAGCAUGGAGGUCAUGGACAUUCUCAUGGCUCUGGGCACGGACAUAGUCAUUCCCUCUUUAAUGGUGCUCUAGAUCCAGUACAUGGCCAUGGAGAACAUUGCCAUAGUCAUGAAGUGAAGCAUGGUGCUGCACAUAGCCAUGAUCAUGCUCAUGGACAUGGACACUUUCAUUCUCAUGAUGGUCCUUCCCUAAAAGAAACAACAGGACCCAGCAGACAGAUUUUACAAGGUGUAUUUUUACACAUUCUAGCAGAUACACUUGGGAGUAUUGGUGUAAUUGCCUCUGCAAUCAUGAUGCAGAAUUUUGGUUUGAUGAUAGCAGAUCCUAUCUGUUCGAUCCUUAUAGCCAUGCUUAUAGUUAUAAGCGUUAUUCCUCUUUUAAAAGAGUCUGUUGGAAUAUUGAUGCAGAGAACUCCUCCCUUGUUGGAAAAUACUCUGCCUCAGUGCUAUCAAAGGGUGCAGCAGUUGCAAGGAGUUUAUAGUUUACAAGAACAGCACUUCUGGACUUUAUGUUCUGAUGUUUACGUUGGGACCUUGAAAUUAAUAGUAGCACCUGAUGCUGAUGCCAGAUGGAUUUUAAGCCAAACACAUAAUAUUUUCACUCAGGCUGGAGUGAGACAGCUUUAUGUACAGAUUGACUUUGCAGCCAUGUAGUAAAUGAAAAGAAUGUUUUUUUUUUUUUCUUUUCUUUUCUUUUUUUUACCAAAUUUUUCUGGUACUGUACAAUCCAAAACGUUGUACUAAAUAGAGAUUUCAUCACUACAAUUCCCCAGCACCAUGAAGACCAGGUAGAGUCCGCCGUUUGUGCUCUGUGGGGAGUUCACCACUAAGGGAUCACAAUUAAGAGGAUAUCUCCUGGACUGCUGGUCUUGUCAUUUGUGCUCUUCCCUCCAAGCCAUUCUGGUUUCUGAGGUUUUUGGUUUUGUUUUAGAGGGUUGAUUUGUCCUUUUUUCCCCCAUCAGGGAGUGGGAGGGGGCGUUUCGUGAAUGCCCUUUCCCUGUCCCUCAUCCCAGCUGGUGAGAUUCAGACUGUGGGCUUCCAGUCAUCUGGAAUGUCUUCACUGAAGCUGCUGGAACCACUGCUUUUAUUCCCACAAAACCAGUGUUAUUUAAAAAGAAAUGGAAAUAUGUUUUAUAUGUAAUGUCACAGUUGUUGACGUUCUUCAGUAUAAUCAUAUGUUUGUAAAAUUGUUUGUACCUUGCAAACUUAUGAACCAAACCAUAUUGGGUUUUCAAAGUGCCUUUGUAUCAGAAAAUGUAUUUGCCAGCAUAAAAAUGUACCAACAAAGGUCAUGUAUGUGUUUUUUUAAAUGGAUAUUCUGUAAUCUGUACAAAACAUGACUCUUGCUUAGAAUACCAGUCUUUUUUUGUGUACUUCCAGCGUUGGUUUAGAUACAUGAAGUUUCUUUUUAUUGUUUUAUCUCAUCAAAAAAAUAAAUAAAUAAAAGGUAUUAUUUUGCUUUUUAAAACGAAUUCAAUAAUCACAUCAAAUUACUUUGUGGAGUGGAUUCUCAAAACUUUGCAAAUGUCUGUUCCAGACAAAAUUGUUUUGACCUAAAACAUUUGCUAAUUUCCAAAUUUCUGGAAAGAUACUGUGUUUAUGAUAAAUUUUCCAGUAGCUCUCCUUGCCAUUUUUGUGAAUUUUAUUAAUGUUUGGAAAAGGCAGUAGACUGAAGGCAGAAAUGGUUGUCAUAGCAUUAAUGUGCAUUUUCAAUCUUCAAAUGUCAAAUCAUACAGUUUGUUUUCCUGUUUUAACUUUGCACAAAUGAUUGCUUUCAGGAAUAUUAUACAGCAUUUGAUUGAGUUGGAACUAUUUAAGGUACGGAGCAAAUGUGGUGAUGUAGAACUCUUCCUAACACAGGUGUCUUAGAAGUACAAGAUAAGCUUAUUUCUAGGUUCUUGUGUGUUUGAAAAAUAAAAUUGCAAUUUGACACAAGUACUUCAACGCGCUACUUAAGUAUUCUCUUAUGAAGAGAUACUGAUUUGGAUAAACAUUUUCCCAUUGUACUUCCUUUUAUCACAACAUAUAUUCCCUUUUACUUUAAAACACUGAAAUUGUUGCGAGGGGGAAUCUUGUGGAGCAACAAUGAUUGUAGAGAAGAGUAUAGAUCAGUACAUUCAGUAAAGUAGCAAAAAUCAUUAUUGAUUUUGCAUAGGUUUAGAAUAUCUUUUCCCUACUUCUGAUCCAUCAUUCAUGAACUAUUUUAUAUUAGAAAAACUACACCAUUUUCUUCAUGCUUUUAAAAACUACUACAGAUUACCAUUAACUGAUCAUUCAAGACAUGUUUGCUCACUUCCAGGUAGUUUGAAAGCUAAGAAUUCCUGCAGUAGAUUGUGUUCAAUUGAAAAAGGUCCUUUAGGAGGGAAAGUACAGAAGGAAAUGUGGUCUACUAGUAUUGCUUUUUCAUUACAAGUGUAAGUAGUCAUUUGGAAGUUUGAACCACUACCAAGUCUGAUAGAACUCUGGGAUAAUCAGUCUGUGGGUUUUGGCAUAUUACAGAAAAUGACAGGUCUAGAUGAAGGCAGAGAUUUUGGAUGUAUGCCUUUACAAACUAAUUAUAUGUAACUAUCCUGACAUUUCACAUAUGGAGAUAAUUGCACUGGUUUGUAAAUUUUAUCAGUGCAUUCUGAAGAUCCAGUUCUGCCUUAAGCUGAGCCCUCCAUUCCAAGUGAAGUUUUUGUCAAAAUAUGUAUAUUACUUUAUUUAAUUGUAUCCUCAAAUGCACAAAUCCAUGAAUAUGCUUUUUCCCCUUUGGUAAGUAUUGGAUAUGAAACUCUUAAUUUUGUACUGUUUCAAGAAAUUCCCAGCUCAUGUCAUUGAGCAAGUUGGCAUUAACAUUUAUGCUUUAAUUAAAUGUCAGUAUACCUGUGUAUACAGCAGAAAAGAAAAAUGUUUUUUUCUCACAGAAAAUAAUUGCUUAUCAGUGGUCUUGGCACAGAUAUUAUAUAUUACUAAAUUAAUAUAUUACUAAAAUAGAUAUUUCACUGAGAAAUACCACCUGAUUAUGGUUGUAAAUUUAGACUGUCUUUAGCAUUAGGCUCUUGCAAAACAAAAACCAUCCAUAUUUGAGUAUAAAUUUACCAGUAUUUCAAAAACCAGAAUAUUCUCUAGACAGCAAAUUUGUAUUGCUCAGGAAAAGUUUGCUGGGUAAGCUUUCCUAAACAGAAAUAUACCCAUACUACUUGUGUCUUUUAAAAUUCAUUUUAUUACUGAAGAUGAAGGACUUAUGCAUAAUUUCCUCAGUUUGCUAACUCCCUGUGCAUCUUGGUGAAGGGCAGUAUCUAGUUUAUCUGUAGGUUACUGUUCCUCAUACUGUCACAUGUACCAUUCUUCUGCAGUGGAUGUAUAAUAAAGAGGUAACAGGUGUCACUGGUAUUAUGAUUUCACUUUGUCUGAAAUGUUUCAGCAUUUUUCAAAGCCUACACAUAUUUACCAGUAAUCAAAAUACUGUGACUUUUAUGUACCUCUCUAAAGCAGCCAAAUCAUUAACUCAAAAUGCAGCUGACCAGAGUUCUGUAAUGUUUUUACCUCCCAUGGAAUAAGCAAUUUUUACAAAUAUCAGAAUGGUAACACCCUGAUAUAUAAUGUUGGGAUUUAAGAAUAACAUUACAUUACUUAACAAAAUUUUACAUCUAAGUGAGGGCUUUGCUUAGAAGCAAUCUAGCUCUACCUCUCAUUUUACAGAUGAGAAAAUUGAAGCCCAGAAAAGCUGUUAUUUACUCAAGGCUCAGAGAUCUUUAGUGGCAAAGCCAAGAUUAGAAUUUAGAUCUAGAUCUUCUGACUCUUAAGUUGAGAGUUCUUUAUUGUGCUGCCUCUCUAGUAUGAUAUUUGCUUUUCUGUAAAUGUGACUGACAGUUGUAAAUAAAGAAUAUCCAACAAACAUUUUUGGUACAUUAA